AUGACAGCUGCUCAAACAUCAUUUGUCCCGAAACCAUCUGCUCAUCAAUCUUCUCCAGACCGGUACACCCUCGAUAAAUCUCUCAGAGAAUCGAUUGAAAGAGAUUACAAUCGAGUUCUACAAUGGCACAAGUGGCGCACGGCACCUCUCAGAACCUUUCUUGAAACUUUUGAAGCCAUGAUCGACGAAGAAGAAUUCGCACUUCAAUGGCUUGAAACUCAGGACGUCACAAAGGCUGUGCGAAUUGAGGAGAUCCACCGAGUGUACUCUUAUAGAAUAACUCAUCGAUCUCUCGGGAAGGACAAAGCUCCCUUGGUAAUCCCUCUUCAUAAACCUCUCAUGGAUCCAGCGACUGAAGCCGAAUUGAAACAACUUCGCUACAUCAUGCUGCUAUCCAAAAUUAAAGCCAAAAUGGCAGAAGAUCAUCCUCGAGAUCCCAAAGGCAGUGCUAGUGGAACGAAAGAUGUUCAUGGCAACGAAAUCGAAGAAGAGGAUGAAGAAGAAAAUGAAGACGAGAACAAUGAUGAUGAAACAGAAGACGACAACAGUGGUACUGAUGAUACUGAUGAUGAUGAUAAUGAUGAUAACAAUAAUCAACAAGGAGGAGAAGGUGCUGAAGAAGAAGAACCAGAAGAUAGCCACACUAUCUUGGUCGAAACGGACUAUGCUAACUGUCCACAAAGACCACCUCUCUUGAAAAUACCAUCUGAAGACGAAGACUCGGAUGAAGCAUCCAGUAAAAAUCCAGUUCACUCGUCUCGUGCUAUCAUUCCGCAUCUGAGCAAAUCUGUACAACAACAACAUAAUCUUCCAGCUCAUGAGGACAGAAAGGAAGCCUCACCUGAACAUGGCCACUCGAUGCAUGGUGAAAAUCCGGAAGCACCACAUCAUGAUGAACACAGUUGUGGAAGAAGAGUGGAGUAG